UUUCUGGUAGUCAUUUUUGGUUUGGGGGCUGCAGGGGAGUUCUGUGAUACUCGGCUUGAUGGGAUAUAAACCAAGGCUGGAAAAGUUUUGUGUAUGAAGAACUGUAAAGGGGGAAAUAUUUCAUGGACUAAAUCAUAAAGAAAAAAGAUUUGGAUCUCUCCAGAGCUCUGAACAGUUGAACACCCACCAUGGAUGAUGACUUUGAACGCCGCAGAGAACUCAGGAGGAAAAAGCGUGAGGGAAUGCGUCUUGAAGUAGAGAGUCUGUCCUACCAAAGAAAUGAUGAUGAUGAGGAAGAAGCUGCCAGGGAACGUCGCCGACGAGCUCGACAGGAGAGGCUGAGGCAAAUGGAAGAAGGAGAUCUGUCAGGAGAAGUAACAGAGAAAACAGAAACUAGUACCCAAAACAGCGUGGCAGAAGAGGAAACCAAGAAUGCUACAAGCACAAGGGGACCCGAUGACGAAGCUGCAUUGCUGGAGAGACUGGCAAGACGGGAGGAGAGGCGCCAAAAACGCCUACAGGAAGCUCUGGAACGUCAGAAGGAGCUUGACCCUACGAUCACAGAUGGGAGCUUGUCACAGCCCAGCAGGAAAGCAGUGACCAGUGUGGAAGAGAAUGAGACCACGGGAAAAGAGGAAAAGGCUGAAACGCGCCGAGGACGCUAUGAGACUGAGGAAACAGAAACCGUUACCAAAUCAUACCAAAGGAACAACUGGAGGCAAGAUGGGGAAGAAGAGGGGAAAAAAGAAGAAACAGACAAGGAGGAGGUACAGGAGGAGAAACCCAAAGAGGUCCUCAUAGAGGAAAAUCAGGUAGAUGUAACAGCAGAAAAACCCACAGAUAAGGAAGAGGUAGUAGAAACAAACAAUCUAGCUUUGAAUGCAGAGGAACACAAAAUAGAGAAUGAUACAAAUGCUGUGCCAGAAGGGGAGCAAAGCAUAAGUGAUGUCUUAGAUAAACAGAAACUUAAGGAUGAGGAAAAGGCUGAGGAGGAAAGAAAGCAAGCAGAAGAAAGGGAGAAACUCAAGGCAGAAGAAAGAGAGAGGUUAAAAGCAGAGGAAGAAAGGAAGGCGGCUGAGGAAAAACAGAAAGCAGAGGAGGAAAAGAGGGCAGCUGAAGAAAGGGAGAAGGCUAAGGCAGAAGAGGAGAGGAAGGCAGCUGAGGAAAUGGAGAGAGCUAAGGCAGAAGAGGAGAGGAAGGCAGCUGAGGAAAUGGAGAGAGCUAAGGCAGAAGAGGAGAAGAGGGCAGCAGAGGAAAGGGAGAGAGCUAAGGCAGAAGAGGAGAAGAGGGCUGCUGAGGAAAGAGCGAGGGCCAAGGCAGAAGAGGAGAAGAGGGCAGCUGAAGAAAAGGCUAGGCUAGAAGCAGAGAAAUUACAGGAAAAACAAAAGAUGGAAAGAAAGAAAAUAGAAGAGAAACAGGUAAAAGAGAAGAAAGCACAAGAGGAAAAACCCCAAGCAGCUUUCCUAAUAAAGCAGGGGGAAGAAAUAGAGAUUAAAGUGGACGCUAGAAAGGAAAAGCUGCCAGAUGAGAAGCUCCAACCUGCCUCCAAAAAAGAUCAGGUAAAAGAUGACCAGGAUAAAGGAAAAGCACCCAAAGAGGAAAUGAAAAGCAUCUGGGAUCGUAAGAAGGGAGUCCCUGAGCAAAAGGCACAGAAUGGAGAACGUGAACUCACUGCCCCAAAACUUAAACCUACUGAGAAUGCCUUUGGCCGCUCCAAUUUGAAAGGGACUGCAAAUGCUGAGGAAGCAAAGCUGAAGGAGAAGCAGCAGGAGGCAGCCGCAGAGCUGGAUGAACUGAAGAGAAGGCGGGAGGAGCGCCGCAGGAUCCUGGAAGAAGAGGAACAGAAGAAGAAGCAGGAGGAGGCUGAAAGAAAAGCCAGAGAGGAGGAGGAUAAGAGGAGGAUGAAAGAAGAGAUUGAAAGGCGAAGGGCUGAAGCUGCUGAGAAACGUCAAAAGAUGCCAGAGGAUGGUGUAUCUGAAGACAAGAAGCCAUUUAAAUGCUUCAGUCCCAAAGGUUCAUCUCUCAAGAUAGAGGAGCGAGCGGAGUUUUUGAACAAAUCAGCUCAGAAGAGUGGUAUGAAACCCUCCCACACAACAGCAGUUGUCUCCAAGAUUGACAGCAGACUUGAGCAAUACACAAGUGCAAUAGAGGGCACAAAGGCUACAAGACCAGCGAGGGCUGCAGCCUCUGACCUUCACGUUCCAGCCGAGGGUGUCCGUAACAUCAAGAGCAUGUGGGAGAAAGGGAAUGUUUUCUCAUCACCCUCUGGGACAGGAACACCAAAUAAGGAGACUGCUGGACUGAAGGUUGGUGUUUCCAGUCGUAUCAAUGAGUGGUUAACCAAGACCCCAGAGAGCAACAAAUCACCUGCUCCAAAACCUUCUGAUUUAAAACCUGGAGAUGUCUCUGGCAAACGUAACCUCUGGGAGAAGCAGUCAGUUGAGAAGUCAGCUGCUUCUAAGGUUUCAGCUAUGGGGAAGAAAUCAGAGACUAAUGGUUUGAGACAACUUGAGAAAGAACCGUAGUAGGCCACUACAGAAGCUGGACCACUUGGCUGG